GAACUACGACGUCCAGGUAGCCUCUGCUGGCUUGUAUGUUUUCCUGUGGCUUAGGAGCGCCCUGGAGGCGGACCUGGACCAAGACUACAACGCUUAGUCUUAAUAAUGUUUUGGUUGCCGUAGGGUGGGACGUUGCAGAGAAGGGAGACAGGUCGAGGCCCUGCCGAGGCCGAGCUGGAGGUGGAGAACUGGAAACAGGCCCUCUUCUGGGAAGCUAGGGCAAAUGCUUUUCCUUCUCCCCGCGCCGGCCCACGGAUAUGGAGACAUAAUCAAUCUGGAACUGACCUGAAAACCUCUUCCCUGCCAGCCAAUUUUCAUAGUGCUGAAAGGUACUAUGCAGCCCCACUAAGGAAGAAAAGCCAUCAGUGGACUUACCUAGCAGUGGACCCUGCGUAUUACAGCGCCAGCCUGCCAGGCGUGAUGCCCCUCCUGUGCCAUAGCGGCAUGACUGUUAUGAGGACAACCAGCUGUUUUCUGCUUGGGUUUGAGGCAGGAGUUCUGCCUGGCACUGUGGUCUAAAGUCCAUGGCCCUGGGGGACCCUCCACUGUUGUUCGCUGUCAAACUGCCUUUUAAAUACUUAGAUUUAUGCCAUGGCUUAGUGCUACCCUCAACCUGGGUCAGAAACUUCUUUGUGCAGUGGGCAUUGGUCAAGGAGCUCAAAACAGCUGUGCUUACCAGCACCAGACUUGCAUGAGAUCAAGUCAGUCCACAUUCCAGCAUGGAGGGUGGAGGAGUUCAUUUGGCUUUCCCAUAGCUGAGGAACUAUUGGCAGCUGAUGGAUGUAGUCAAUGGGGGGUGGUCCUUUUUCUUUAGGAGUGUGUAGUGUAUUGCUAGGUUACCCAUGCUCCUGUGGAUGGUUCCACAAUUGUAUGCAUGCAGGCAGCACUAGCUGGAUUCAGUGGGCUCUGAAAAGAAAAGGACAUGAAGUGGGGAGGAGAAAGUAUCAGCAGAACCCGGGGGACUGGUAAGGGGGGUUUGCUGGAUAUGGUCAAGAUACAUUGUAUACCUGUUUGAAAUUGUCAAAGAAUAAAUUUAAAAUAUCCAAAACACAUGCAUACAUACACAGAGGAAAGGCCUUAGUCCAAUAUGGUAUAUGCCUGUCAUCUUAGCGCUCAGAAGGUGGAAACAGGAAGAUCAAGAGUUCAAGAGCAGCCUGGGCUGCAUGAGACCUUGUCUCCAAACCCUCUAGUUAAAUCAAUAGGCCUUAGCCACAUGGUGUUUUCCUUGGUGCUCUUCCUAAAGUACACACCUGAGCUGCUUCUGCUGUAUCUCUUCCUGGGAUGGAUGAGUCACAGUUUUGCUUGUCUGUUUUGUUUUGUUUUUGUAGUGCUGGGGGUUGAACAAGAGGCUUGCACAUGCUAGGCAAGCCUUUCCAACAGCUACACCCUCAGCCCUUUUUUAACUUGUUUUUUAAUCUAAGUGGAAUGAAUAAUUUAUAUCUCUCUUGUUUUUGUUUUGUUGAGACAGGGUCUAUGUAGCCCUGCCUGUUCUGGAACUCUCUCUGUAGACCAAGCUGGCCUUGAACUCACAGAGAUCCAUCUGUCUGUGCCUCCUGAGUGCUGGGAUUAAAGGCAUGUGCCACCAUGGUCCUGCAAAUAGUCUCCUUUUACACCUGUUUCCAUACUUGGUUUGACCUGACAUCAUCAUCAUCAUCAUCAUCAUCAUCAUCAUCAUCAUCUUGUUAUUAGUUUGUGUAUGCACAUGAAUGCCACAGUGUGCAUGUGGAGGUCAGAGGACAACAUUGUGGAGUUGAGUCUCUUCUUACACCUUUAUGUAGGUUCUGGGGGUCACACUGGGUUGUCAGGUUUGUGUGGCAAGUGCUUUACUGGUUGAGCCACCUUUCUGGGCCAAUCUGGUAUUUUUCUGGAGCUUUCUGCUAGAACUUUUUGGACAAGUGACCACCGUGCUCUAUUCCGUGCACAGAAUGUACUUUCUGUAGCCAAUAAGCUUUGUUCCUGCUUGUUCUUUAGUUGUUCAGAUAGUCCCCAUGCUUCCCUAAUAAGGUAGUAGUAUCAGAACUGAGAGUUGAUAGAAUCAGUUCUCUUAUAGAACUCAUUUUAUAAUGCAACAUAGGAUUUUUUUUUCCUUUUCUUUUUUGAACAGGGUUUCAUGUAGUCCUGGCUGGCCUUGAACCUGCUACAUAUCUGAGGAUGACUUUGAACUCCUGAUUCUUUUGUUUCUGCCUCCUAAGUACUGGGAUUACAAGUAUGCUAACACAGCACCUAGUUUAGCAUAGGGAUUUUAAAGUGUGGAAUUUGUUGAUCUCUUCUUGCUCAUGCAGAUGAAGCCCAACUGUGGGCUUCUAACCUUCCUGCCCAGUUAUGGCUGCCAGAGGACAGCUGGUGCCUCCUGUUCAUCAGCACCUCCCUUCAUCAUUCCUCCCUGCCCUCGCCUGCCCCACACUGCGGGUCCCAAGCAAGGUGAAGUGUGGACUAGCUACCCUUGCUUUACUUUUCCGGUCAUAUCACGUGUUUCUGCCCCGCCAGCUUCCCUUGUUUCUAUCCCUCAGUUGGAAGUUUUGGCUCUCCUGGCUGCCCAGUUCCUCUGCUCCUCUAUGCUCAGGCAUGAGAGAAGCUUCCACAGUUUCACCAGCUGCCUGUAGGGUAUCUGGGUCCCCCACCAGCCCAAGGCAUUUCUCUUGUUUCCACAGGUGCUAUUGGAAGCUAAGAGGUCAUUUGUGGGGAGUUAGGGGGAGGCUGGUGACAGAAUUAAACUCUCUUGAGUACUCUUCAAGGGAGCUGCCUCCCCAGCUUCUCUUUUCAGUGCCUCUAGCAGACAGGUGGUCUCUCCACUGGUAGUAAAUUCCUGGGUAUUUUUACCCAGUACUCCAUAAACAAAACGGCAAUGUUAUUGGAAAUGUCAUGCAACCAGGCAUAUGAGUAAUUGUCCCCAUUAAUCAUUUUGCCAAAGAAAACAAUUUACCAUCCAAGCUUGUUUGGAGAGAUGCUUGCUAUGUGAAGGAAGAAAGUUCAAGCAUUUGCCUAAAAGCUCCCUGUCAAGACUGGAAUGAUGUAUAGCCAGGGCUCUGGUGUGUUUGAAAGUAAACCCUCCCCUGUGCAAGUCGGGGCCAGCUGUAUAGUCCACACUGAACGAGUCUUUACAGGAAUCUCAAUGCCAAAGCCAUGGAGAGUGAGGUCCACCAUCCACAGGGACCGGGGAUUCAAGAGAGGUGCAGGUUGUACCCAGUUUGUCUCUGUGUCAGUAAACAUCAACACUACAAAGACAUCCUUCCAGGGCAGGCAAGAUGGCUCCGGAAGUAAAGGUGCCUGCUGCUAAGCCUGAUGACUCAAGUUGGUUCUCUCUAACUUACAUGGAAAGAGAGAACUAACUCCCACAAGUUGUCUUCUGAUUUCCAUAUGUGCACUGGAGAGAGAGAGAGAGAGAGAGAGAGAGAGAGAGAGAGAGAGAGAGAGAGAGAAGGAGGAGAAGGAGGAGAAGAAGAAGAAAGAGGGGGAAGGAUGAGGACAGGAGAGGGAGAGGAAAAGAGAGGGGAAGGGAGAGGAGCACAUACAUGCAUAUACACCCACCCCAAUAAAACUAAAUACUAAACUGAGUCUCUACCCUCAAGGAGUUAUAGUGGGGAUUUAAGAUCUGCUUACAUUCUUAUAAAUGAGUAUUUAAUGAAUAACUGCAGGGUAGUGUGUUAAGUUGGAUAAUACAGGUAUAAAUAGAAUAGAGAGGAACCAUGGCAAGUCUCUUGAAAGGCUAAUAUAUGAGCCAAGUCUCAAAAAAGGAGCACAUGUUUUUCCAAGCAGGCAAGUAAAGGAAUAUUUGCAAAGGCACAAUGGCAUGGAGUAGAGUGGGGAACUGCAAACAGGUAGGUUUGGGGGCAACACAGGCAUCCCGGAGGUGAGAACAGUCAGGAGCCAAGCCAAAGAAGGAGACAGGUGACAGAUGAUGGAGCACUCUAAAUGGCGGGCUUAGGAGAGCGGACUUGAUUUGAAGGCAACUGGGGACCACUGAGGAUUUGAACAUGAGAGUGACAAUGGACUCAGUCCUUUCACACAUACUUAGCAGUUCCUUGUUUUACUGAGGGCAAUUUGAUUUUAUUGUGUUAGACCAUUUAUAUGAUGGUAUAGUAUACAGAAGUGAACACUACAGUGUGAGGGCCUGGUGUGUAUUAACCACUUCAUAACCCGUGCCUGUGAAGGAACUCUGAUGUUAAGUCUCUCACCUAUGACCAAUGACUUGCUUCCCUGCCGGGCGCUUUCUGUCAUACUGGAGCAAUAGGGUAUCUCCCCAGAUAAGCAGUACAGCUACAUGACAGUGCCCAGUACAUGUUUCCAGACAUUUGCUUAGCUCUCCCUUCACCCCAAAUUAUAAUCCACACUACUGUAAUGUCUCUGAAAAGUGACAAUAACUUUGUUUGUGUCUGUGUGAUGGGAGUAGAACCCAGGGCCUCGUGCAUACUAGGCAAAAGCACUCUGUCACUCUGUCACUCUGUCACUGGGCUAUACUCCAUUUUGUGUGUGUGAGGUGAAGGCAGGGUCUCAAGGAUGGCCUCAAAUUCAGUAUGUGACUGAGGCUAACCUUGGGUUCUUGAUACCCCAUAUGUACUUGCCAAGGGCGAGGAUUACAGGCACACACCACCAUGUUGCAGCUUCUAACCUUUUUGUUUUUUUAGUCAAUAAUAUAUAUUAGAUACUAUUCUGUAUCUGUUGGGUAGAACACCAUAUCUUCCCCCUUUUCUUUCAGAAUUGUUGCUUUACUUCAUGUUUUAUUAAUAUAGACGUGGAGAUUAUUAAUGAUACAUUUCUCUGUUCUUGUGUGAAUUUGUAAGAUAGAGGCCUAGUGGAAGAACUUUUACAUUACACACACACACACACACACACACACACACACACACACACACACACAAAUUCAAUUUCUGCAGAUAUUGCUGUUUUCUUUUAUUUAGGUUUAUUAUCUUAUGUGUGUGAGUGUUUUGCUUAAAUGUAUGUAAGUAGACCCUGUGGGUACCUGGUGCCCUCAUUGGUCAGAAGAAGGUGUCAGGUACCCUUGGACUGGAGUUAUGGAGGACUUUCAGCUGCCAUGUAGGUGCUGGGAAUUGAACCUGGGUCCUCUACAAGAGCAUCAGGUGUAAGCCAGGUGUUGUGGUGUAUGACUUUAAUCCUAAUACUUAGAAGGUAGAGGCAGCUGGAUCUGUGAGUUCGAGGCUAACCUGGCCUACAUAGUGAGUUCCAGGACAACCAGAGCUACAUAGUGAGACCUCAGCUUAGAAAAAAAAUCAAGUGCUUUUAACAACUGAGCCAACUCUUGAGACUGCAGUUUUCCUCUAAGUGCAUCACAAACACAUAUUCUCUCACCAACAUUUGCACAUUUCCCCAUGCUUAUCAAUGUGUUUGUGAAAGGAGUAUUCCUUUUUUUGUGACUGGGUCUUGAGUAGCCCAAGUUGGCCUUGAACUCACUAUGUAGCCAAGGUUGGCUUAUGAUAUUUCUGCCUCUACCUCCCAAGUGUGAGGGUUACAGGCCUGUGCCACCACUCCUGCUUUCUGUGGUACUGAGGACAGAACCCAGGGCUUUGUGCACGUCAGGCAAGCAUGACACCUCUAUCAACUCAGCUACGUCUUCAACCCAGACGUUUCUAUUUUUAAGUCAUAUUUAUUAACAAUUCCUCUGUGAUUAUUGAAUUUUAUGCUAUAAUCAGAGAAAGUUUUCUUCGUGACAAGAUUAUAUACAAAGAUAUACACAAAUUCAUUGUUUUAUUUUAAUAACUUCAUAAUUUCAUUUUUAUAUUUAAGUUUUUACCCAGCAUUUAUUUAUUUACUUACUUAUUUUGAGAUAUGGUUUUGCUGUCUAUCUUAGGUUAGCCUUGAAUUCCUCAUGUAGCCUAGGUUGGCCUUAAAUUGGUAACAAUCCUCCUGCUUAGUUUUCUGAGUGUUGAAUUACAGGUAUAUGCCAUUAUGCUCUGCUCUAUUUUCUAUUAAAGAGCAAAAUAUAGAUUUUCUAUCCUUUUGAUUUUAAAUUUUUAUUAUAAUCACACUCAGUGAAUAUUUUCCCUGCUGAUCUAGAAUGUUUUAUUUGCAGUAUCGGGGAAUUGAACCCUGCGCUCUGUGCAUACUAGGGCAAAUGCUCUAUUGCUGAAUUACUCCCCAGCCCUGGAAUGUUCCUUUUAUUAUAAACUAAUCUUGUUGGUAUGUGGGUCCAUUUGUGGACUGUCUCUCUCUUCCCAUUGAUCUGCCCUGUCUGGUUUGGUUUGUAACAGCUGUCUUAAUUAGUGCAGUUUUAGAAGAUAUUUUGAAAUCUGAUGGAACUAAUUUCCUUUCAUCAUUCUCUUCUUGUUUGUAUUUCCAGAUGGUCUAUGCUCGAGUUCUAAUAUAAAAUUUAAUUGUAUGCUUGUUUGAUCAGAGUUACAAUGGCUAGUAAGACAAUUUCAUGACUCAUAAUGGCCAGUACCAUUUUGAUUGUUGUUUUCAUUCCCAAUAUUGCGGUGUAAACAUUCCUGAUGAGUCUUUUAGUCAUUCCUGUUAUUCUGAUUUGUUCACAAUUAUUACAAGUCCUUGUGCUUCCUCAAAGUAAACUACUGGCUGAAAACCACUGGACAAUGUUCUUAUGUUGACUCAGCCACCAUGCUGAGUCCUCUAAGUCGCCUAAGAGCAGGCAGCAGGAUGCCCAUUUAAAUAUGGAUGUGAAGACUUACAUCUGUCAUCUUUCUCAUCCCAUAAUCCCAGCAACUUUAGGGCUCUGCAGGCAAUCUUGGUUCACUAUUUUUCCCUCUGUACUAUCUCCCAUCUAUACGUGAUUCAAAGAUAUGUAGCUAAAGUUUUCCUGCCUGGCCCACAGUCAGUACAAAUCUCUCUCACCUGCCAGUCCCACAGCCAUCAGACCCAACCAAGUAAACACAGAGACUUAUAUUGCUUACAAACUGUAUGGCCGUGGCAGGCCUCUUGCUAACUGUUCCUACAGCUUAAAUUAAUCCAUUUCCAUUAAUCUAUACCUUGCCACAUGGCUCGUGGCUUACCGGCAUCUUCACAUGCUGUUUCUCAUCAUGGCAGCUGGCAGUGUCUCUCUGACUCAGCCUUCCACUUCCCAGAUUUUUCUCCUCCUUGUCCCGCCUAUACUUCCUGCCUGGCCACUGACCAAUCAGUGAUUUAUUUAUUGACCAAUCAGCAACACAUUUGACAUACAGACCAUCCCACAGCAAAGAUACAAUUUUUCAGCCUUGCAAAAAAGGGUGGUUUACCAAAAAGUACCGAGGAAAACAUUUAGAAUCUUAAUAACAGAAGAUCCUUUGGCUGAAUGCUAAUCCUUGUGUGGUUUAUCAUGGAUUGAAUCUGCUGUCUGUCUUGGCCUCCUUCCUGAAGUCCACAGACAUUCUGAAAACCUCUUGAACAUGUGUGAGUCACAAGUAGGGGACUCGGAAAUGAAAAGACAGUAAAUUCACAGCAAUGAAACAGAAGGAAAUGACCUGGAGCUAGCUGCUGAGCUCUGUCCUUCCUCAUCCUUAUCCUCAUCCUCAUCUAGCCAGCCUCCACUCCCUCCAGACAUCAAGCUAAAGGUUCAGAGUCUUCUCCAUGGAACUUGCCAAGGGAACCUUUCCCUUAGGUUUCUGACUCUCCAUCCAUCUUGAAGUUUAAGUGUCUGAGGAAGACAGAGAAGGUGUUCAGUCCUUGGAGCUGGAGUGGCACAGGCUGUUGGGAGUGCCUGAGAUUGAAAACCUACAGGAGCCAAGGACAUUAGAGCUUUCACCCUCUCAGUAUUAUGACGACCAACUUGGGUGACCUCUGUGAAAAGAUCGUUGACCCCCAAAGGGUUUGAGAUCCACAGGUUGAGAAUUACUGCCUUCAAAGAAGUUGAAUGAAAGAAACUCCUGGAACUAGAGUUAAAGGCAGUACAUGGCACUCUCCUCUGAAAGAGCAGUUGUCAGUCCAGUGCAAAGCUGUUGGAGUGAGGGAGCAAAGGUAAAGGAUGAUGUAAUGCCCUGGCUGCCCCAAAGCAUCUUUUGUUGUGGAUGGUUAUUCCCAUCCUCUCUUUAUGAAUCAAAUGUGAGGGACUGCUUUGUGGAAGGAGUCCUUUGCAAGAGCACGUCAACAGGAAAGAGAAAGAGACAUUCAGUUGGAGAGCUCUUGCUGAAAUGGGUUUAACUCUCCUUUUGCCAGUCACCACUAGCCUGACCUCAUACAUUUUUAGUACAAUGGAGUGGCUGAGCCUUUGAGCACACCACCAUUACAUCAUCGGGGCAAAUUAAAGAACGAGGUGGGAAAAGAGGACUUAUUGUUGUCAUGGCCCAUGAGAUGAUUGGAACUCAAAUUGUUACUGAGAGGCUGGUGGCUCUGCUGGAAAGUGGAACGGAAAAAGUGCUGCUAAUUGAUAGCCGGCCAUUUGUGGACUAUAAUACAUGCCACAUUUUGGAAGCCAUUAAUAUCAACUGCUCCAAGCUGAUGAAGCGAAGGUUGCAACAGGACAAAGUAUUAAUCACAGAACUUAUCCAGCAUUCUGCAAGACACAAGGUUGACAUUGACUGCAACCAGAAGGUGGUAGUUUAUGAUCAGAGUUCCCAAGAUGUUGCUUCUCUAUCGUCAGACUGCUUUCUCACUGUACUUCUGGGUAAACUGGAGAAGAGCUUCAACUCUGUUCACCUGCUUGCAGGUGGGUUUGCUGAGUUCUCUCGUUGUUUCCCUGGCCUCUGUGAAGGAAAAUCCACUCUAGUCCCUACCUGCAUAUCUCAGCCUUGCUUACCUGUUGCCAACAUUGGGCCAACUCGAAUUCUUCCCAAUCUCUAUCUUGGCUGCCAGCGAGAUGUCCUCAACAAGGAGCUGAUGCAACAGAAUGGGAUUGGCUAUGUGUUAAAUGCCAGCAAUACUUGUCCAAAGCCUGACUUCAUACCUGAAUCUCACUUCCUGCGAGUGCCUGUGAAUGACAGCUUUUGUGAAAAAAUUCUGCCCUGGUUGGACAAGUCUGUGGAUUUCAUUGAGAAAGCAAAAGCUUCCAAUGGCUGUGUGCUGGUUCAUUGCUUAGCUGGGAUCUCUCGCUCCGCCACCAUUGCUAUUGCCUACAUCAUGAAGAGGAUGGACAUGUCUCUAGAUGAGGCUUACAGAUUUGUGAAAGAAAAAAGACCUACCAUAUCUCCGAACUUUAAUUUUCUGGGCCAACUCAUGGACUUUGAGAAGACGAUUAAGAAACAGACUGGAGUGUCAGGGCCAAAGAGCAAACUCAAGCUGCUGCACCUGGACAAACCCAGUGAGCCUGCAGCCUCGGAGGGCGGAUGGAAGAGUGCACUGGCUCUCAGUCCACCCUGUGCCAGCUCGACCUCAGAGGCCGCAGGGCAAAGGCUUGUGCAUCCUGCCAGUGUGCCCAGCUUACAGCCUUCCCUCUUAGAGGACAGUCCACUGGUACAGGCGUUCAGCGGGCUCCAGCUGGCCUCGGAGAAGCUGGAAGACAGCAAUAAGCUCAAGCGUUCCUUCUCUCUUGAUAUCAAAUCGGUUUCGUAUUCAGCCAGUGUGGCAGCAUCUUUACAUGGCUUCUCAUCAGAGGAUGCUUUGGAAUACUACAAACCUUCUGCCACACUGGAUGGGACCAACAAGCUCUGCCAGUUCUCCCCUGUUCAGGAGGUAUCAGAGCAGACUCCAGAGACCAGCCCAGAUAAGGAGGAGGCCCACGUCCCCAAGCAGCCCCAACUCAGCAGGCCUUCAGAGAGCCAGAGCAAGAGGUUGCACUCAGUGCGAACCAGCAGUGGUGGGGCCACCCAGAGGUCCUUCUUCUCACCGCUACAUCGGAGUGGGAGUGUAGAGGACAAUUACCACACUAACUUUCUUUUCGGCCUUUCCACCAGCCAGCAACACCUCACCAAGUCCGCUGCAGGGCAUGGUCUCAAGGGCUGGCAUUCGGAUAUUCUGGCUCCCCAAUCCUCUGCCCCCUCCCUGACCAAUAGUUGGUAUUUUGCCACAGAGCCUUCACACUUCUACUCUGCUUCAGCCAUCUAUGGAGGCAACACCAGUUACUCUGCCUACAGCUGUAGCCAGCUGCCCACUUGCAGCGACCAAGUCUACUCUGUUCGUAGGCGGCAGAAGCCCGGUGACAGAGCUGACUCGAGACGGAGCUGGCAUGAAGAGAGCCCCUUUGAGAAGCAGUUUAAGCGCAGGAGCUGCCAAAUGGAAUUUGGAGAGAGCAUCAUGUCAGAGACCAGGUCAAGGGAAGAGCUGGGGAAAGUGGGCAGUCAGUCUAGCUUCUCAGGCAGCAUGGAAAUCAUUGAGGUCUCCUGAGAAGAAAGACCCAUGCAACUUCUGUUGACGUUUUGUUUUGUUUUGUUUCUUGUUCACAAAAAUAUUCCCUGUAAAUCUGAAAUAUGUAUAGGAUAUACAUAUCUAUUUUUGGAAUAUAGAGCUAUGGUGUAAAAGCAAAAGACGGAUCAACACAGCUGUUCUCUCAACACCUGCACUGAGAACAGCUAAUGCUCUCAGAAGAGUGGGAGGGUAGAUGUUAGAAGUCCCCCAGACAGGAGAAGAGAUUCUGUUCAGUGAAUUGCACAUCUUGUUCCCACAAAAGCAAGGGUUUUGUUUUUGAUGGUAGAGGGCAGAAUCCCUCCCAUUUUCAUGUGCAGCAGAGCUCUCCAGAACUCAUCUCUGUCCAGGCCCUUCCCUAGUGCACCUUAGCGCUGAGACUGAGCCAGCUGUGGGUCAGGUGGAAAGACCCUCUUAGGGACAGAGCCUAGUGGGAAGUCCAAGAGAAAUGAUCCUGUCUAAAGCUGAGUCAUAAAUCCAAGCUUGAUUGACAGCUGAAGGACAUGGACAUCAUUCUGCUGGAUGAACUAUUAGGAGCCUUGCCUAGAUCUACUUAUAACCAAUCCAGUACCUCAGACAAGACAUUGGGGCCAUCACCACUACCAUGUCUAGGAGCCCAUUUUCUAGGCAUUGUGAAUAAGUAAGUAACUUGUCACUUUCCAGACAAAUUCAUACCGUCUAUGCACAAAAUCCCAGUGGGCCUGGACGAGCAGUUGCCAUGUACCCUUCUUCUCAGCUUUAACGAAGAGGGGACCAACUGGAGUUCAGCAUAGCUAGAGAUUGGGCAGUCAGGUAGCUUAGAGACUUAAGCCAGGCAUGGGACACUAAACAGUCUCCCUCCCUCUUUAUAAUAAUCAAAGAAUUAUCUAAAGUGGGAUUGUUAAUCCUUAAAUUGAGCACAGACUUGGUUUAGAGGUAAAUGUGAAUCAUUGGGCUUGGUAGCUGGAGUGAUAGCCCAUUCAGGUUCUCAGCCAAAACAUGCUUUUUAGUUCUGUUUCAUGACAUGGAAUAAAACUAUAGGGAGAUUCGGGAAGGUAAAACUUGAAGCAGGAAACCGAUUUCUUAGGUGGCCUUUUUUUCCUGUGGUAUGCAACAAGGGUACUACUUCUAGAAUCUUCUUAGACUUCCAAAUCUACCAUGGGCUUUGGUAAGCAAGAACUAUUCUGAGUAAAACAUACUAGAAAGGUUGCAAAGGAGUUGUUGAAUUUUGUUUAGUUGUGAAUACAGGAAAGCUCUUUUCAAAAGCUGUCCCAGCCUGCUUUCUGAGGAAGGGACAUGUCAGAGUGGAGGACCACAGUGGUUUCUCAGUCCCUGGCAUACAAUCACUGUGUGGACACAAUCCUGGCAGCUGAGAAUAGAAGGUAGUAAGAACAAGUGUGUUCAUGACAGUACACAUCUGCCUUUCACCUUCCUGGCUUGAGUUUUCUCCUCUAGAGUCCAGCCUUAAUUCACGUGAGCAGGGUGUGGGUGUGGGCAGGUAUGGUCAUGGUUCUUUACUGGAAGUGUAGCAAGGGGCUGACUCAUACCUCAGGGUGUUCUGUGUUUGUGAAGUGGACGGUCCUUUGACUAGGAUGUGACUUAAUGUUUCCUAUAGUGAUCGCUAAAACCAGCAGAGAGUGACAUGGGUCGAAGCCAAAGGGCUUGAUCAAGAGGGUUAUGAGCCUCGUGGACAUACUGGUUCUGUACAGAUAAGCUGUGUCUGGGCCUAAGAUGACGGCAGAGCAGACACUGCCCAGGGAGCAGAUUGCCACUCUGUGGAGGUUCUGUUCAGCAAGCUGUGUUUUUGAUAUACAUCAAAAUCUCUUAUGUAAUCAGAAGCUCCCAAAGCUUCACAGUGAAUUUUGGUACACACGCUAAAUGUGUAAGAAUCCACUCUCUUAAAAUCUGGUCACACUGGCAAGACAUAACUGAAAAGCGAAAGCCACAGCUCCGUCAUUAAGGAUGUUCCAGGAGGACCAAGGGAGUUGGCGUCAGUGUCUUUGGGCGGUGUGCUGCCUGUGCCGUACAUCAUGUAGGGCCCUCUGGCCAUGGUCCUUCUGUGUAGCUGAUGGUCACACUCUACAGCUGUCAGUCUUCAUCGCUAACGUCACAUUAUCAGUUCUGGGAAUCAUAGCUACCAUGCUGAAAGGGCUGCCUCUGAGGCACACAGUGGUGGUGUGGUGGUUGGCUCUCCUCAUGUGAGCACAGGGAAGCCUGGAGUCUUCUGCAGUGAUGCAAAGCAGUGAUUUUAGUGAGCAAAACUAGACUCUGAGAAAUGCUGGAAACCGUUUAGACCGUUUGUAAAGUUAGAGUGGAAAGACUAUAAAUGUUUCAUAUGAAUAUAGUGUUCUUUGGAGUAAAGCAAGCUGUUGAACGGUCCAGUUGUGCAUUUCUCAUUUUGAUGUGUCAUGUAUGUUAAUACGAUGAAAUAAAAUCAAAACUGGUACCUGUUUAUACAUAAGUGUGAGAAGCUACCUCUCCUUGCAGUUCUUACCUUGAUGGGAGCCACCCUAUCUUCAGUUGCAAAAGAAGGGAGUCACAGAACCACAAAUGAGAGUUUAGCCAUUUAAAAUGGAAGUGGCAGGUGAUACAUCGCAUAUGUCAUUCACCUGGAGCAGUGGUGGAUGCUGGCCUGCGUCCCCUCCAGGUGCACACUGUAGAAGCUCUACCUGCCUGAUUUCAGGGUAUACAAGGACAGUGUAGAAAGGAAAGGACAGCUGCCUGCAUGUCUACCUGCUACAGAUAUGACUCCAUAGUCCUUCCAGGAAAAACUCAGGAAGGGUAGUUCUUGAAGACUGUCUUGGAAACUGGGAUGAGGCUCAGGUGGUAGAGUGCUCGCCUCAGUCAUAAGGCUCUGAAUUUGAUCCCUAGCACCAUAUAAACCAGACAUGGUUAUCUGUGGAGGUCCAAAUUACUCAGGGUCUGAGAAUCUGAGCUUGUUUACCCAGCAGGGCUGCCUAAGGGGAUGAUUUGACCACAGGUGUGGUUACCAGGUGUGUGGAAGGGUCUACACUUGGCUGUGCAGUGUGCUUUGAUCUAGCAAGGGGGAGGGCUUCUGCCCCACCCCUUGGCAUUGUUAUAAAAAGCCUUUUGAAGAGGAAGAAGGGUCUGCUGGGUUUUGAUCCAGGUCCUCCCGAAGCUAUCCUGUGUUUCUGUCUUUCUUUUUGCUAUUUUUCUAUCUAAGUUUCUUAUCCCUUUCUCCUCCUCAUAGGAACCCUUUUAAAAGGUGGGAGCUGGCCUCCCACAGUUAUCAAUGGAAAUCCCAGCACUCAGGGUAUAAAGGUGGAAACUUCAGGAGUUUAUGGUUAUUCCUGGCCACACAGUGGGUUAGGAAGGCAUUCUGUCCUCUGUGAGACCCUAUCUCAACAACAACAGUUUGUUCUCCAUCUUACGUAUGUCUCAGUGACUUCUACUUAGAUAUUUGAUCAUAUGAGAAGCUUAGCCUCACCAGUUUAAUCAAAAGUACACACUAAAGAGAUGAAAUGCUGUCAGUACAAGGCAGACAGAAUGGGAUAAAGAAAAUCGUUAGCCAGUGAGAUGCAAACAUGGCAACCUGAUUUCAAGAUUCCCCAGAACCCAUGUCAAGAUGGAAGAAAACCAAUUCCACAGUUCUAUGAACUACACACACACACACACACACACACACACACACACACACACACACACACACACACCCACGGAGGCAGGAACACGGAGAGCUCCAGGCAGCUGCUGGGAAUGUAGCUCAGUGCGUAAGUAGCAUGUGCAAGGCCCUGUGUUUGAUUCCCUGGCAUGUGAACCAAAGAAACCAUAAAACCCAAACAAUGGCACCAUUCCUCUGUUCCAGCCUGUGGUGCUCCUGAAACUCAUUUCACCAAAUAUUUACUCUGCAGACAAUACUGGUUAGGUAUCUAGGUUCAUGGUAUAUUUUAUAUUCUGAGGAGUUAACUUCUGAAAAGUAAGAAAUCAUAUACAUGCAU